AUGGGCACCAGCCAGUCCUCGUGCAAGAACCCCUUGCCGCCUAACCAAUACACCUUCUUCAACUGGCACAACUCCGUGUGCAACCUCUACGCCUUCUACGACGUCGCUGGCGACAAGAAGAUCAUCAAGUACGUCCGCAUCGCCAACGAAGACAAAUGCUACAACUGCGUCGCGUGCCUCCAAGAGCACAGACCGGUCGAGUUUGAGCAGCUUCGAUUGCAUGCGGCGGGUAUCGCCACCCUCUACGGCGUGCAAGGCUGA